AUGACCUUCCGUUUCACAUGUGACUUGUGCGAAAAGGGUAUCGGCGGAGGACUAGUGAUCACGAAGAACUGCAAGCACACCUUUCAUCAACAAUGCUUGCUUGAACAUCAUUUUAAGAAGACUAACGAGGCUAAUGAGUGUCCGUGUUGUGAAAAUGAGAUGAAAGAAAUCUUGCUCUGCAUGUGCGAUAAGGAGCGCCAUGAUCCAUUCCACUUUGCCACUUACCAGGGAAACAUGCUUAGCGCUUCUAAAUGGCGAACGACAAAAGAAAAGGUCAACUACUGGACGUUCACUAAAGAAAGCUCUAGCGAUGUGAAGAAAGCGUCGGCAGUCGACAAUCAAACGGUACCUUGUUCGAAGUGCAAACAUAAGAUUGAUACCAAAUUCAUGCUGAGGACAAAUUGUGGACAUUGCUUUCAUCUGGAGUGCUAUCAAAGGGCUUACUUUCUGAACCCAACGCAAAACUGCCCUAAAUGCUGCAAAAUGGUAAAAGAGUUGGAUCUCUGUUUCUUCGAGGAGAUGCUUGGCAUAUGGCUAUGGGUCACUCAAUACCAAUCAGGAAUAACAGUAGAAAGUACCUGGUCGAGACCAAAAUUGCAAUAUGAUAUUACAACUGGGAAAAUCGCAAAGCUUCUGGACGGGAAUGAAGGUCAAUACGUUUGCUCUUGGGAACGGGCUUGUAAUACAGAUGAAAGCGUCGACUCUGGGUUCUCGUGCAAAGGCUUUGAUCGCUGCGGUGUCUGUGACGGCUUUCUACUUGUAGACGAAGAGGUUCUCAAGAGCACGGUGCAUGGAUUGCCCAAGUUGCUUCAUGCACAUUGCGCUAACAAUGUCAACGCUGCAAGUUCAAGCGUGUCUAAAUAUUCAAUUGAAAGUGGAUCGACCCGUGGCUUGUUGAGCUCUCGCGGAUCAUCGAACUCUUUCUCCUCGAACAAGAAC